UUCAUUUACGCGUCGUCGAUCUGCAUAAGUUCAAUGAAGAAAGAGCCAUAAAGCGCAGAAAGCGAUAACGAAUGACAACAAUUGCAUUCGUUACCUAUAAUGAAAAAGAUUUUGUUCAAAAGUAUUACUUCUUCAAUUCCAAAUGUGAAUUUUAUAUAUAUAUGGUCUCAGCUAAGACGCAACUAAUUAAAGGUGGAAUUGGAACCUCGUUCCGUUGGAGACACCCACAAUGACACUCUUGCCAGAUAUCAAGGCUGCCGAUGCCGCCUGCUGUGGGGGCGGAGGCACCGACUCCAGCAGCAAUAGCUCCUGCACGGUGGACAGCCAGGGCGAGCACUACGCCGGCCAGGCUAAGGGGAACAAUCCCUGUCUGAGCAUCAACUGUUGCACACUGGCAGCAGGAUCGGCGACUUCGAUUGAUGAGUCGUCUUCAGCUUCGACUGCCGUCAAAGUUAACAACAAUCUCUACGAUCCACACAAUCAUUUUGCCCAAUGCGAACCAGUGGACAUUGAGUUCUCCAAUAUUCGGUACACCGUGCGCAAGUUUUCUUUUCCAGAGCGCAAAUUUGUUACCAAGGAGAUCCUGCACGGUCUGCAGGGCAAUUUUCGAUCUGGCGAGCUGACGGCCAUAAUGGGUCCAUCUGGAGCCGGAAAGAGCACACUGCUUAAUGUUAUGUCCGGAUUUUGCGCUACUGGGGUCACGGGCAACAUACGCGUCAAUGACAAGCCGAUGAGCACAGUAUCUGAGAAAUUCCGCCGCCUCUCGUGCUACAUCCAUCAGGAUGAUCUGCUGCGCCCCCAACUAUUGGUCGGCGAGAUAAUGCUAAUGGCGGCGCACUUGAAACUUGGCUUUAAGGUGUCAAAGGAACAUAAGCUUAAUACGAUAAAGCACAUCUUAUCGCUGUUGGGUCUGGAGCAUCGUUACAAUGUCCACACGGGAAAACUUUCUGGUGGACAGAAGAAAAGACUUGCAAUUGCCCUGGAAUUGAUAAGCAAUCCGCCGGUGCUAUAUCUGGAUGAGCCGACAACUGGCUUGGACAGCUCGUCCUGCAGCUCUUGUGUAUCGCUGCUAAAGAAACUUGCCUCCCAGGGACAUACAAUUGUGUGCACGAUCCAUCAGCCCAGUGCCUUGAUAUUCGAAAUGUUCGAUAAGCUGUACACGGUUGUGGAUGGCCACUGUAUGUACCAGGGCACGAUUCCAGCAUUGGUGCCAUUUCUUGCCGACCAGCAGCUCGUGUGUCCCAGUUAUCAUAAUCCAGCCGACUAUUUGCUGGAAGUAGCCGUUGGAGAACAUCAAUGCGAUCUUAACGAUCUGAUAGAGGCAGCGAAUAAAAAGUAUUAUGUCGAUGCCCAUCAAGAGACAUACACCAAGAAUAUUAAUGCAGCACAAACAGCUAUAACAGAUACAUUGGGUAGCAAGAAACUGAGUAGUUCGGGUCAAGAACUAUCUACAAUUGAUUCGGUACAAUUCACACGGUACAGCUAUGUGCAACCGGCACAGCAAGAGCUGGAUCUGGAGGAGAUCAAGGCACUUACCGCACCAGCAGAGCCACUCGAGCAGCCGCUUGCCAAGGCAACAGCCCACAUGGAGCUCGCCAACCAGAUGCCGUUGACAUCGAAGCACAAUCAUGAAAUUAUCUCCGCGUCGUUCCUCAUGCAAUAUUUGCUGCUCAUGCAGCGCAUUCUCAUCUGUGCCAGACGCAAUUAUUUUCUCUUGCUGGCCCGAAUCUUUUCGCAUAUCUUCAUUGGCGUCAUAUUCGGCUACCUUUACCUGAACGUCGGCAACAGCGCCAGCUCAGUGCUGGGCAACUACGUUUACCUAUAUGGCUCCACGCUGCUUUUGGUCUACACCGGUAAAAUGGCAGUGGUAUUGACCUUUCCACUGGAGAUCGAUAUGCUGACCAGGGAACACUUUAAUCGCUGGUACAAGCUGGGACCCUACUUUCUGUCGCUGGUCUCCUUUGAAGUGCCCUUUCAAAGUCUCUGCACCGCUUUGUACAUUAUAAUCAGCGUACGGCUAACGGAUAAUGAUAGCGUGGACUCUUUCCGGAUUUACUACUUCAUGUUGCUGGCCAUCUUGGCGAGCCUGAGCGCACAGGCUUGGGGUUUCUUUGUGGGUGCCACGCUGCCAACCAAGCUUGCCGUCUUCUUGGGUCCCAUAUUAGCGGUGCUGUUCUCUGUUUUUGGUUUCUGUACGCGUUACAUAGACAUAACGCCCAUAUUUCGUUGGAUGUGGCAUUUAAGUUAUUUCCGUGCGGGUUUUCAUGGCGCUUUGAAUGCGAUUUAUGGCAUGGAUCGUCCGUUUCUCGACUGUCCAGAGAAUGUUAUGUAUUGUCAUUUUCGUAGUCCCAAAGUGUUUCUCAAGUACAUGAUGAUCUCCGAUGUGCACAUGUCCGAUUGCAUUAUGCUAAUGGGCAUUGUAAUUGGUGUAAUGCAUCUGUUAACCAUAAUCACCCUGUGGCGCAAGCUAAACAAACGAUAG